AUGGCGAAACUGUCCAGCAGCCUGAAGGCUUUAAUUAAUGCGCCUGCCGCCAGGCCGCAUACCGUGCCAGCUCCUGCGAACAUCACCUCGGUCUAUUCGAAGAUCCAGCAGACUGCACAGGCUCAGAAUGUGUCGCAGCCAUCAUGGCUGGCAUUAUCGACUGCAGCGACUAUGACGAUGAACUCACCCGAAUCCCUCGCACUUCUCUACCAAUUUGCUUCGUCAACAUCGGACAAUCACGUGGAGACGGCGGAGCUCAUGCGCGAGAUUGGUCUCAAGUGCAUCAGCUUCAACGGGAUUCCCCGGACGAUCAACUGCCUCAAUGCAUUCAAAAGCAGCCUUCCCGAGUCUGUGGGGGCGCGGUUAUCGCAGACGCCUACACGAACGCCCACCCCAGCCAAUAUUACCGAGAUCAGUGAACGCGGACUCUCCUUAUGGGAUUCUAUUUACCGUCCAUUCGAACGCAAGCUAUAUGACAAGCUCGCCGACUCUCAUCCUGAUCUCCCUGUCCACAUUCUGAACAGCCAUUAUGGCGCUUUGCUAUCAGACCCUGCCCGCGAGAUCGGCGCCUCGGUCGGUCGCGUCCUGACUUCGAUCGUUGCGGUGUCUUGCCUUCGCGCCCAGACUGGCGUGGGCCCUCAAGUACUGUCCCAUGUCUUUGGACUCCGCAAAGCGCUUGAAGAUGGAUCUUGGGCUACGGAUGUUGAGGGUGAGCAAGGGGCCCGCUGGUUAGCAAGUGAUGAAGGGAACACCUGGAUUCUGAACAGCGUGGACUCUAUUGUCGAGGCGAUCAGCCACGGGUCGGGCUCGAAUUUCGCUCCUGGGAAGGCGAAGUUAUGA